CUCAUAUUGAAUACAACAUUCAUUCAUGCAAAACCUACAGCCAGGUUACGAGGAAUUUCAUGCAAGGUUCCAUCAGUAGGAACAUUUGGUCCUUCGAACCGGAGGUGACCACCUCCGAGAUCUCUUUUCUGGAUAUCCAGUCAUUCAAGAAUCCAGCCGUCCGAGUCCUCUCUUAUUGGCCGUUGUCUCAAUUCAAGGAUCCAGCCAGCCGAGCCCUCUCUUACUGGCCGCCGUCUCAGUUUAAGAAUCCAGCCAGUCGAGCCCUCUUACUGGCAGUUAUAUCCAGACUAGUUCCGUCUUACUUCUCUUCACCUUCACUACACGUCGGUGCGUCCAGUUAUCGUUUCUUCAAGCCCGAGCUUCAUAUUCAAAGAUCGUCUCCAUCAUGGCCAAAAAUGUCAAGCCAGGAUUAGAUGAAGAUGAAGAUUACGAUGAAGAUCACACCAUGGAGCUAGCUAAUAUGAAGGCGAAGAGAAAGACCCUGCGUCGUCAAAUCACGGUGACGAACAGACAGGUUGAGACCCUGACUAAUUACAGAGGCUCACGAGGAGCCAUUCAAGGCUUAUUACUUCAUCUCAACGACUUAAUACUCCGAACUUCACAGCUUCAGACCGACAUCUCCACCCUAGAAGAUGACGAGGAAGAAGCCGAAAGACAAGACGCCAAUCACUUGAUUUACGUCACGCGUGUUGGUGAAUUAGCCGCCGACGCCCAAGAUUAUAUAAAGAGCAGAGAUGGAGAAGCAGCGUCCAUUGUUGGAUCGAACGUCAUUCCGGGUCAAGACCCUCCUUUACCUCCCGUUUCUCCGUCUGAAAUCCUCCGGCGAGAGCAAGCCCGUCAAGACGAGAUUGCAGCCACUCGACUGAGAGCUGAGAGAGCCCGUGAACAAGCGGUAAGGACCCGCCAGCAAGCAGAUCGAGCAUGGGAGGAAGCUGACACAGCCCAAGCCGCUCUUAGGCUACUCGGUGUCGAACUUUAUGGAAGACCGGCACCACCAGAUGAUGAUCAUUUCACUUCCGUCAGUCAACAGAUCGACAACACCACUCCACAAGCGAAAGCGUUGUUGGACCAACAGCGUCAGAAGAAUUCCGACAGCAAUCCAGAAACUCCUGACACCUGGAUUGACCUGUAUAGUACUGGGCGUCUAACACCUGUUGUCACUGCUCGCAGUACACGCUCAUCAGUAUCGGCAGAAUUAGAACCUUUCGACGGAAAGGCUUUAGAAUGGUUCUCCUGGAUCGAUUUGUUUCGUGCAUUGGUACACGAUACACCCAAGUCCCCCGGAGAGAAAUUAGCCCUUUUGAAGAGAUUUCUCCGUGGAGACUGUUUGGACCUAGUAUACGGUCUAGGAGGUGGAGAGGCGGCUUAUAUCGAGGCCCUGGUUCGUCUGAAGCAGACAUGUGGCCGUCGAGACGUCAUGAGAGCGGCACAUCACCAGGCCAUCCAGAGGUUGGAGACGAAGCAAGACCCAGCGUCAUUCAAGAGAUUUGCCGAACGUAUCCGCACUCAUUUGUUCGACCUUAGCCGGAUCGGAGAGACGGGGACGACGGAUUUGAUUGAGAAGAUUUGUCUUAAACUACAUCUACACGAUCGGUUGGCUUGGAAUGAAGACAGACGGGGACGGAUCGAAGAUCGAAACCUGAACACCUUCGGAAGGUGGCUGUGUUCCCGUGCCUCCGCGUAUCAGAACGCUUUCAGCAUUGCAGCCGACCAAGUCAAUCCGGCUUCGUCCAAACCGACCAAUCAACGACGCCAAGCCUGGACCAAUCAAAGUUCAGCAAAGAUGGCAGGUGAAAAGAAACAAGUUGCUUUUCAGUUCUCUGGAAAACCAUUCUGUUUUAAGUGCGAGAAAGGGCACAGGUUACCAGAUUGUGAGGAUUUUAAGUUACUCUCCGUUGGGGAGCGUCUUACUUUCUGCAUGCGUCGGCGUCUUUGCUUCAGUUGCUUCUCAACUAAACAUUCAGUUCACGAAUGUGACAGGCGAAGACCAUGUAAACACUCUGGUUGCGGUUAUUAUCAUCACCCGCUGUUACACACUGCUGCCAAGGAAACACCGCGGACAGAAACCGAAGAAAGAGCUCGACCAACAAUCGCAAGAAUUGGAGCCCCUCGAAAGGUCACCAUGGGUAUGCUGCGUCUCCCAGUGAUGGCCGAAGACGGAAGUUGGGUGUCGGCAAAUAUCUUCUUCGACGAAGGUAGUGAUUCGACUUUAAUGCGAAGUGCAUUCGCUACAGCCCUGAAACUUCGUGGUCCACGUCAGAUCUUAGCUGUGGACGGAGCUGGCGGAAUAAUUAAUCGAUACCCAUCAACCAGGGUCCAGUUUCGAGUUCGAGCGGUGAAUGGUAAUAUCUUCUCUCUAGAAGGAUCUACCAUGAAAACGGUGGCCAGCCCUACUCCUAUCACCGACUGGAACAAGGAGAAGUAUCAUUGGUCCCAUCUUAAAAACCUUCUGCUCGGCGAAACAGGAGGAAAGGUUGACGUCUUGAUUGGGCUAGAUUAUGCCCAUCUGCUGGCCGUCCGAGAUUCAAGAGUUGGCGAAGAAAAGGAACCUAUCGCCUCCAAAACCGCCUUCGGAUGGGUCGUCCCUAGUAGAACAUGA